AUGGCCGGCUCAAACGCUAGCGUGCUCCUGGACACUGCCGCGCUGACGGAGCUGGUCGUCAACAACGGCGCAGGUACGAAUAUGACAGCAAACAGCCCUAAGGGAGGAGAUGAUGGCGGCAGCGCUUCAGUCUUGCGCAAGUUACUUGAGGAUAUGGCCAUGUCUAGAGAAGGUGCCAGGGACGCAAAAGCCCUUCGUAAAUGGAUCCGCUCGAGGGCGGAAGAAGGCAUCAGGGAGGAUUUGAACAUGACAGACAGCGAAGGAAGCACGCUACUCCAUGUCGCGGCUCGUCAAGGACUUGCAGAAGCGGUGAAGAGACUUCUCGCCGCUGACGCAAAGUUAUUAGACGCCCAAGACGAUUUUGGGAACACCGCCCUUCUCCGAGCAUGCUGGAGAGGGCACACGGACAUUGUCGAAAAUCUUCUCAAAAAUGGAGCCAACGCCAAAUUAUUGGACGUCGACGACUGGUCACCUCUUUUUAUGGCUGUCAAACGUGGAUAUCGACGGAUGACUGAGCUUCUCUUGGCUGAACGCAAAUGGGAUCUCGACUUCAAGGAGAAGUUUAGCGCCAUGACUCCGCUUCACGCCGCUGCGAGCAAAGGCUACAAGGAAAUCGUGCGACUUCUCAGAGACAAUGGUGCGAGACUUGACCUCCGUGAUAAAACCGGGAGGACUCCACUGAUGACAGCAACUAUCCAUCGACGCAAGGAUACAAUGGUUGAACUCCUUACAGGGCAGCAUGAUGAGGAUCUACAACUGGAGACAGAAGAUCUCAGGGGAAGGACUCCCCUCUUGAUGGCAGCUCAAAUCGGGUUUUGGGAUGGCGUUCAUAUCUUGGUCGAAUCAGGUGCUAAGUGUGACAAGCCUGAGAUUUCCAAAACAGGCGAAACGGAUCCAUUCAUAACUCGAAGUAAGUUUAAAGCAUUCAAGAUAGAGAUAUCUUUCACAAUCUUUCUUCAACAGGGAAUCCAAGGAGCCACUGACUUUCUUCGAACAGAAGAGGACACUGCCUUGCACAUUGCCGUGUGGCGGAAUGAUUUUCAAAUGGCAAGAUUUCUUCUUGAACAUGGCGCAAACAUUAAUGCCCGAGAUCAUGAAGGGUCGCCAUCAUUGCAUAUGGCAAGCGUACGAGGUAACGAAGCCAUUCUCAAGUUGCUUCUGGACGAUGAAAACUGCAACCACCUCAAUUUUAGAGAUCAAUACGGUAUGACGCCGCUGCAUCUUGCUAGCUGUACCGAUUGGUUUGACGACAACGAAUACAUUGAGGACGUAGAGCCCAACAGCCAGAAUGUUGAGGCAAUUGACAAUACUGGGCUUGGUCCUGUGUUCAAAGCUGGGCAAUACAAUGAAGUGGUACACCAUCUGUUGGCGCGAGAGGCGGAUACGACAGUGUUGACGGAAGAUGGUAAAACGGCAGUCGAGCUGGCAUUUGACCGUGGUUAUUAUGAUAGGGGGGAAGCAAUUCUCAAAAGCUUCUCUCAAAGUAACGGUGGAACUCUCGAGACUCUCAUGUGGGCAGCCGGCAAAACAGAAAGACACGAGAUUGCCAAGUCACUCAUAAAAAGACGACUCAAGGAAGCCGGCAAACUAGUUGUCGACAAGACCGAAGGUUGGACUUCAAUUGAGUGGGCAGCUUACGCCAGAGAAACUCGGGCACUUUGGCUUCUAAUUGCUAGCUCCCCGCAACGAAAGGAGACCAAAAGGAUCCUCAAGUCAGCGAAAGCUAUAGUUGAGGGAUUCAAGACUCAAGGAGAAAAGUUGGCGACCAAUCCCGAUACUCAAGAGACUAACCAGGUAGAUGACACAAAGAAGCACAACAAAGAUGGCACGACACAGGAGAUUCUAGACAUCAUUAACAACCCACCGACCGGUUUAAUUUGCAGGGAUAUCUCAACGUAUAACGCACCCAAGGAUGAAGACAGGCUUCCUUCUUCAGACAGCUACCACGCAACGAUUGUUCAGUUUUACAAGAGACAGGGGAAGUUCGACAGUAUCAUAAGGGCUCCGACAAUCAAAGAAACCAUUUACGGCCAGGGUCCAGCAGGGAUCAUGUACAAGGUGGUAGAUAAGCUGAAGGGAUUUGCGAAAUCGCAUUUGAGUGGAUUGGAGGAAAGUGACAUAGUUCAAGGUCCAAUUUUUAUGGACUCGAAACCAAAGUUCACGUGGAUUCAUCUACCUGCCACCAAUCAUUUACUGCAGAGAAUCAUGAGAGACGAAAACCAGCCUGUAUCUCAUUUCAACCAAGCCAAGGCCUUUUUCAAAGACAGCUGGAUUGAAGUGCCGGACAAAGUCUCUCCAUCGAGGGUCAUGAGGCCUCGUUUCCUCUCGCGCAAUACUGAAGACGAUGAAACUCAGAAUGAGGACACAGACAAGAUACCCGAGAGAGACUCGGAUGAUCAUGGGGCUGGAGAACAGAGAGAAGGAAGUAAAGAUGCAAAGAAAGCACAUGGGUCAGACUCGAAAGGGUCAGAUGAUCUGAAGCGGAUCGAGAGUGAGGAUUACCGGGAGACAGCAGCACCCUCUGUGGCGGUAACAGCAAUCUACAUGCCAUAUCUGACAUACUCCUUCCAAUGCGACGAUGAAAUUGGUUACAAUAAUGAAGGGGAAAACGAAACCGAGUCGUCCCAAAACCGAACGCAAAGGGAGAAGAAGUUGUCCAUAAUUAAGGAAUCAACACCAAGCAAUCUCAUGGCAGCAGUACAGCAAAUCGACAAAGACCUUAAGUACGUGGAGGAUCCCAAGGAAAAGAAAGAAGUCGAGUACACGAAGAAACUAUUCAAAGCGCGGAAGACGUACCAAAAGUUGUUGGACGAAUUCAAGGGGAAGACCAUCCAUGGAUCUUCAACUCUGGACGAAUCGUACUAUCACUUUGGAGAAGAUCCAGAGUCUGCCAAGGACAAGGUGAGACGUAACAAAUCUCAAGUGGUUACUGACAUCUGGCGAACGGAAGAGCUUGGUUCAUACUGGCUCUUGGUUCGGGUGAACCAGCUAUGGGUUUGGACGAUUAACAACAGGUGGUUGAUAUCAGCAUCUUCCCAUCCAAUUGACGAUGGUGAAGACGAGCUUCUGAAUGGUAUACUAGACCGUCUUGAGAAGCAGGGAGAAGGUGGCGGAAGCGAUUUGCAGCCUGGUUCCACUGCCGAAAUGAGUCAACUAAUUGUUGACUACUGCGUCGACUCCUACGAGAGGAAACCCAAAGGAUACGAUGACGAAAGACCAGAAGAUUGCAAGUUGAAAGACUUCCCAUCCAUCCGUCAAACAUUUUCGAAGUCCAUCAACUCUAUUGCAAGAGGCGAAACGAACAUGUUUGAGAAGUUCAGUAAUCUGACAAAGAAAUUGAGGGAAAGGUCCCAUGAUAAGAUUGGAGAGCACAACGAAGCUGUACAGAUCAUGAAUGAGGAACUUACGGACGCCACUAUCGAAGCAGAGGACCUUUCUAGCAGAGUCAAAGACAUUUUAGACGAACUGAGCAUCCUCGAGUCGACGGUUCAAUAUCAGCAAGAUGUCCAGAGGGCAAUGAAAAAACAGGACGCUCAGAAAGAAAGGAAGAAGCCGGAUGCUCAGGGGGCGGUGAGAAGGCAGAAUGUUCUUGAAACGGAUCUUACCACAACUUACAUUCUUAAUGACAUCAAGGGGCUGGGAAGUGUUGCGCAAAGGGUUCACGCAGCAGUCAACGCUACACUCUCGCUACAGCAAAGCGAAAUUGCAAAUCUACAGGCAAGGCUCUCGAUUGAGCAGGCAAAACUCUCAAUUCAGCAUGCAGAACUUGCAACACGGCAAGGUAGAGUGCUUAUGGUCUUUACUGUAGUAACCAUCCUGUUUGUAAGUUAUUUCGACCGCCCUACGCCUGUUCUCGCUCAUCGUGGUUGA